AUGGUCCGUACCAGAUUUUCGUCUUCCUCUGGUUCUCCUGCUUAUUCAAAAGACAGCCCUCAAAAUAUAAAAAAAGAUAAUAAGAAGAGACCAUUAAGUGGUCAGGCUAAAGGUAAAAGGACUACUGAACAAAAAAAGCCAAAAUUGGCAAAUGCUGAUCAUAUAAUUCCAUCACCACAGUUGCAACAGGUUGUGGCUGGUUGCAUUAGGUUGCAGCUGGUUGCAUUAGGUUGUGGCAGGUUGCUUCUGUUGCAACAGGGUAUGCAAUACAUUGUUCCUCCUGAAAAUCAUAAUCGAGCAAAAUGUCAUGCCAUAAUCAAGCACAACCAAAUUACUGCUCUUCAUCAAUUGUUAUCUCCAAAACAAAUUUCUGAUUUCGCUGAUUCUUGUUUUGGGCAUUUUCUGUCCUUGCCAUCCUUUGUCAUGCAGUAUCAGCUAAUUCAUAAUUUACUGCUUAGGGAGUUGAAACAACCCAACCCUCAUGAGAUUUGGAUUGGUGUAGCUGGUAUGAAACUUCGGUUUGGGAUAGAGGAGUUUGCACUGGUCACGGGCAUUCGUUGUGUUGGAUCACAUGACAAGCAAGAAUAUGCUAGGCCAAGCAAUAGUUUCCUUAACACCUAUUAUAAAGGUAUGAAAAAGGUAACUAAGGAAAAUGUGCGUGAGAUUUUAUUUAAUAAAGGGUGGAAGAAUGACGCGGAUGCAGUGAAGCUAGCCAACAUCUACUUGAUGCACAUCUUUUUGCUUAGCUCCUCUUCCUUAGAUGUUGUCAUUCCCCAAGCUGACUUUGAUAUUUUAGAUAGUGGGGAAUUUGGUCAGUUUCCUUGGGGUAAGGAAGUUUUUAAGUGGUUUUACGAGUGUUGCCCAUACUUGAAUGGCAACUUUUGUCAUCUCAAUGCUGGAUCUAUCCCACGCAUCAUCAAUUGGACAAAUAGCGAAAAUAUUAAGUUUGAUAAAGUAUCUUAUACUUUAUCAAUGAGUUGUGCUGAGGAAAGGAAAAAACUUCACUUGGAAGAAUUAUUUCCAAAAGGCAAGCAGUUGGAAGUUGAUGGCAACCUUGCUGCUAAUGCUGGUGCUAGAGUUGCAACAUCUGGUUCUGGAGUUGCACCUCAUUCUGCUAGAGUUGCAGCAAAUGUUUGUCCAAUUGCUAAUGUUAGUGAUGAUGAUUUUGUGAACCCUCCUCCUCGAUCAUUCGCAGGUGCUUCCUCAUCUUCUAUGCCUCAGUUCUCUCUACGUGAAAUGCAAGCCCAGUUGUCAAGAUUAGAAACAAGUCACAAGCUUCUUGUUUCUGAUGUUGCUUCUAUAAAGACAAUUGUUAAUGGAUUAAGUUCUCCUUUUGACUCAUCCAUUUUAAAGCUGCAUGACCUUAUUCUUUCCCAUAUUUUGGGAAAACAGGGUGAUAGUUCUGAUGAUGAUAUUGAAAGAAGAAGUAAGGCAAUGCAUGAUGAAUCUAAUGUUGGUGAUAAGGAGGAAGAGGAUGAGGAUGAGGAUGAUGAAGAAAAUGAUGGUUUUGAUCAUGAUGAUGAUGAAGAUGCAGAUGAUGAUCCUGUUGGAGAAGACAAAAAUAGUAAAGAUAGAGAAAAAGAAGAUCAUACUUAUAUUGCGUGCCCUAGUGGAGUCAAAGAUGUUAGUAGUGAGCACAAUGAAGAUGAUAAUGUUGUUGAUUUUUCUGAUGAUGUUGACAGUUCACAUCAGGUUGCACCUAAGAUUUUGGGGGUUACAGAUUUUGCAACCGAGGUUGAAAAUGUCCCCACGGUUGUUGGAGAGAUUGAUAAAGACGUUGCAUCUCAUUUUUCAAAUGUUGCAGAAUUAGAAACUGAGGUUGCAGAAUUAGCAAAGGUUGCAGAGGAUGUCAACGAGGUUGCACAGGUUGCAGGAACUAUUUCAUCCCAGUGUUCUUUUGAUAGUUUGUCUGACACGGCAUUGGAGGAGGCUAUGCAAAAUGCUAUUAAUGCUGUAAAAGCAAUCAAGACUCUGAAGGAAUCUACUGCUCAUUGCACUGCUAUUGUUCCAUAUGUUGGUAGUGGUGGGAGUAACUUGGGAUAUGUUACUCCUAUUUUUCCAAGAAGAACAAUCAAGCUACCUUUCUACUUGCAAUCUCCAUUUGUGCAGAAUUUUGAUUCUACUUCUGCUCAAAGUAGUGAGGCAAAAUCUGGUGGAGAUAUUAAGAUUAUCAAAGGGUUUUGCCCAUUGGAUGACAAAAUUGGAGAAUUGCCAGACUAUGAGUUAUCCCAAGAUUUCAACAAAUGGCUUGAUUAUGGAAUGAUAGCCAAGAACAAGGUGAAAAUGUAUUCAAAGGAAGACAACCUCAUUAUCCCUGGUCUACAACUCGGUGUAGAUGUGAUUUGCCAAAAGACAUGGUUCCAUACCCUUCAAUAUAGUGGCAAAAAUCUCUUUAAAACAACUAGAAUCAAUUCUAUGUAUGAGACAUUUCUAAGUUGGAAACGUGAUUUUGGGGCGUUGAAUUGUAAUCAAUAUGUUGCAGAAGUUAUCAUGGGAUAUGCCUUGCCUUGCAACAUUUUUUGGUCUAUGGUUGAUCAUGUCUUAUUUCCUAUCUUGCUUAUGAAGGAAAAACAUUGGUUGUUGUGUAGAUUAUCACUUAAAGAUAGGUCAAUGUAUGUAUAUAGUACAUUGACAUGUGAUAACAAGGACCACAUUGCUUUAAAAGCAGUAGAGUCGUUUCGUAUAUUGCUUCCUCAUUAUUUGUAUAUCAUUGGAUUUUAUGACCGAACAGACAUAGAUUUCUCAUCUAAGGCUUAUGCUGGGAAGUCAACGAGUUCUGCUUUUGAUGUAGUGCUGGAUGAUGAUUUGCCAUGUGGGUUGUCCUGUGAUAGUGGCCUUCACAUGUUCUCAUUUGCGGAGUACUUUGUUCAAGAUAAGGAUAUUCCGACAUCUACUUUUGAUGUUGAAACUCAUAGAUCUAGGCUUGCCUUUUUGUUUUAUUCAUAUGCAAAGGCAAAGGAAAUUUAUGGAUAUGAGAGUGAGUCUGAGUAUUCAGGUCGGUAUGUUGCACCUCGCAAGGCUCAAGCAAAGAAGAAAAAUGAAACAAGAAAGGAUAAAGGCAAAUAUGUUUCUUAG